AUGUCUUUGAACGAUAAAUCGCCUGAAACCUCGCUGAAUGAGAAGUCAGAGCCUAAGAUUGAUGAACAAGAUGUGCUGCCGGUGCCCAAGCCAGCAUACACAGCAUUUACAUCGAGGAGAAAGUGGUUUGCCAUCAUCAUUGUGAGCAUAACGGGGUUCCUAGGGCCGUUGACGGGUAAUAUCUACAUUCCAAUCCUACCACAGCUGCAGCAGGUGUUCAAUACCUCAGAGACUGCUAUCAAUGCGACGGUUUCGGUGUUUAUGGCCAUUAUGGCCAUUGCACCGCUACUGUGGGCCUCCUGGGCAGAUUUCGGUGGUCGAAAGACCCUGUAUCUGACGUCGCUGCUGCUGUUCAUACUGGCAAACAUAUUACUCGCAGCAGUUCCUGCGAACAUUGGUGCUUUGUUCGUCCUGAGGAUUGUUCAGGCUAUUGGUGCUUCAAGCGUGAUGAGUGUUGGAGCUGGAACUAUAGCAGACCUGGUUCCUCCAAAGGAGAGGGCAAGAGCCAUCUCGUAUUUCAUGAUGGGGCCUCAGCUGGGCCCCAUUCUGGGUCCCAUCUUAUCUGUCAUUGCAAGUGGUGGCCAUUGGAGAUGGAUCUUUGGGUUCCUAGCUAUCCUGGGCUCGCUGGUGUACCUGGUGAUCUUGUUCUUCCUUCCAGAGACCUUGAGAUGCCUUGUGGGCAAUGGCUCGAGGGUUCCGAUGAAUGGAUGGUUUGUUCAACCUCAUCUGAUCCAGCGAAGAAUAAUCACAGAAGAAGAGGCUUGCAAUUAUCCGAAACCACCAAAACCAAGCUUAAAGGGCUACUGGAGCAUACUGAAGUAUAAGCCUGUGCUCUUGUGCUCUUUCAACUCUGGCUUACUCUUUGCAGGCUUCUACGGCAUGUCUGUUACCUUUGCUAGAAGGUUACACGAUGACUAUGGCUUCUCACAUCUUGAACAGUCGUUUGCGUACGUGUGUCCAGGUGUGUCGUUGAUCACAGGCUCCUUGAUUGGUGGAAGACUCUCCGACCACUUGAGGAAAAGGAUGAAGCGUAAACAUCCUGAACGCUAUACCCCGGAGCAUCGUUUCUCGUUACAAUUGGUUGGUCUAGCCAUAAGUAUGUGUGGUUUGCUAGGCUACGGAUGGUGUAUCGACAAGCACGUCCACGUCGUUGCAGUCUUUGUCUUUACCUUUCUCGGAGGGUUCGGCAUGACGUGGGUGUUUGUCGUCACCACCACGUACCUGACCGAGUGCUCCUCCGGCCAGGCUGCUACAAACGUUGCCAUUGGUAACUUCUUCAGAAACGCCUGUGCAGCUGUGUCGUCCGUCCUGAUCAGCGAGUUAACGGAUAAGAUGGGGUUUGGAUGGUGCUUCACAGGGCUAGCACUGCUGGACAUAAUUGGCUUUGCCAUUGUGCUGCUCCUGAUGGCGAAGGGCCCUGCGUGGAGGCUCCAGUGGGAGGAAAAGAAGCGAGGCGUGGCCAGCUGA